AUGGGGGCGCCCCUCAGCGUGGGCCACUUGACGAUAGUGGAUGGAGACACCGUAGACACCACGAACCUCCACAGGCAGGUGUUCUUCAGGGAGGCAGAUGUGGGCAGCAGCAAAAGUAAGGCCCUCGCAAGGGCCUGCAGGCUACUUGACUCAGAGGCUUCUGUGGAUGCAGUGGAUGCCUUCAUAGACUGGCGGGCAGCAGAUGAGCUGGUGGCUGCACACGACAUCGUUGUUGACGCUACAGACAGCAGAGAAGCAAGGGGGGCCCCCAAUUUUAAAGACAGCGGCGCAUGCGAUACCCAUGGGGUACUGGGACCCGUUCCAGGACUUGUUGGCCUCAUGCAGGCCCUGGCCGUGCUGCAGAUAGCGGGGGGCCCCUCUCUUCAUCGGGGGGCCCCCGAGGCCCCUGCGGGGCCCGGGGGGCCCCAGGGGCCCCGCAUGUUUGUGUAUGAUGGAGACGACCCCCAGAGACCGUGGCGCUCCUUCGCUCUUCGGGGCAAACAAAAAACCUGUAUAGCUUGUGGCGAAUCCCCCCAAAUCACUCAGAUGGAGGUCUGUCCCUCAGCUGCUUCUCUUGCUUGUGGCGAAUCCCCCCAAAUCACUCAGAUGGAGGCGCGGCCUGAGUACAGUGGGGUGUGUUGGUAUCCUUCUGUUCCUCCCCCUCGUCGUUUGUCUGCUGCUGCGUUUGCUGCUCGGCUAGCUAUGUGGGGGGCCCUGUGGCAGCAGCCAGUGUUCUCAGCAGCAGCUACCUGGCUGCGCCGUGCUGCAGCAGCAGCAGCAGCAGCAGCAGAAACAGCAAGGGCAGCGGAGCCAGCUGCUGCUGCUGCUGCUGCUGCUGCUGCUGCUGCUGCGGGGGAAAUGAUGGUGCUCAUCGAUCAUCAGCAGCAACAGCAACAGCAGCAGCAGCAGCAGCAGCAGCUGCAGGGGCAGCGUCCUACAGCAGAGUAUAGAGUGUUAUGGUGUGAGGCUGAGGGAAAAGACUCAGCCAUAGCAACAGAAGCAGUGCAUGCGCUGCUGCACCACCCACACCACCGGAGCAAACAGGGGGGCCCCCCGGACGGGGGCCCCCCAAGGGGGGGGCCCCCAAGGGUCUUUAACCUUGACAGGGGCCUCGAGGGCCUCGUAGACGAGGGCCUCAUUCGUAUGCCUGUACCCUGA